AUGCUAUCAGAUGACCGUGGGCCAUCAUCGUUGAGCGGACUACCCCUCGAGCUCCUCCAUGCAGAACUACAGAGACGACAAGAUGCGCCCGCGAAGCCGGCGUGCGGCACAGUGGGAAGACGAGGUGCCUACAACACCGGCAUCCAUGUCUUUGCCCUCUUCCUUAUUCUGGCAUUGAGCACUCUCGCAUGCUCCUUUCCCAUUAUCGCCCGUCGCUUUCCCAAACUCCCUAUCCCACAUCGCUUCCUCUUCCUCUCCCGGCACUUCGGCACAGGCGUCCUCAUUGCGACGGCCUUCAUCCACCUGCUCCCUACGGCAUUUAUAUCCAUGACCGAUCCUUGUCUGCCAGACUUUUGGACAGAGACGUACCCGCAGAUGCCCGGGUUGAUUGCCAUGUUGUCCGUGUUCAUGGUGGUGGGGAUAGAGAUGUUCUUUGCAAGCAAAGGAGCAGGACACAGUCACGCGAAUGAAUGGGAGAGAGUACCGGAGGAACAUUCCUCGGGAGAAGGAAGAUCGUCGGUCUAUGGCAAUGGACAUGUUCCCUCGGACCACUUGCAAGUGCCAACGACGCCAUACACAGAUACAUCCCCAAAACCUCGAGACUCGGCAUCGAGCGACUCAGAUCUGGAGCUGGACGACCUCGAUCCAGUUGCGGACGAGUCUGCGACAUUGAGCAACCCUCACCGACGCAAAAUCUCCGAACAUGAAAAUAACUUGCAUCAUCUCACUACCAAAGAUGACGAGAACCCCCAGCGACUCUUCCUCCAAUGCUUGCUCCUCGAAGCGGGAAUUCUAUUUCACAGUAUUUUCAUUGGCAUGGCCGUCUCCGUCGCGCAGGGCACGCAAUUUGCCGUCCUGCUCAUCGCAAUUUGCUUCCACCAGACCUUUGAAGGAUUUGCCCUAGGAUCGCGCAUUGCGGCACUCAUACCAACCUUGUUCGAUGCUUCUUCGCCCAAACCCUGGCUCAUGGCACUCGCGUAUGGCGCGACAACACCCAUUGGUCAGGCUAUGGGAAUCGUCUUGCACUCGCUAUAUGACCCCGCGAGUAAGGUGGGACUGUUGAUGGUCGGUAUCACAAAUGCGAUUUCCAGUGGACUUUUACUUUUCGCGGGCUUAGUGCAGCUGAUUGCGGAGGAUUUCUUGAGUGAAAAGAGCUACGAGGCUCUGAAAGGCAGACGCAGAAUCGAAGCAUGUCUCGCCGUGGGCCUAGGAGGUCUCUUGAUGGCGGUAGUGGGAGCUUUUGCUUGA